AUGUACGCCAAUAGACAGCUGGCGUAUGCGCCAACGCCCUACAUACCGCGCUCUGCGCUCUCGACGACCAUCAACCUGGAUGAGGAAGCCAAGCUGUCGACAACAAGUGCUGAACGAGACCUGAACGACUCGCUGGCCGAGAUCUACAGCAUCAUCAUCACGCUCGAAGGGCUCGAAAAGGGCUAUCUCAAAGACUCCAUCACCGAAGCCGACUACACCGAGACAUGCAGUAGAUUGCUGAAGCAGUACAAGUCCAAUCUUGCAAACGAGGCCGUAGCGCGAGCCUUUGGCGACUUGGAAUCCUUCCAGAAGGAGUGGGAGAUAGAAUGUCCCAGAGCCACUGAACGCCUGCGCAUUGGUAUCCCGGCUACCAUCGAGCAGGGCCCGUCGCACAAAACAGCCCAGCAAGGCGACUAUGCUGACGCGACACUCAUUGUCAACGCAACCGAGACCUUCAUCACCCUCCUGGACGCCAUCAAGAUUGGUCUGGUCGAAAAGGACACACUGCAUCCGCUUCUCGUCGAGAUCAUCCAGGCAGUCAACAAGGUCGUAGACCAGGACUUUGAGAGCAAGGGCAAGAUUGUACAGUGGCUCAUAACCCUGAAUCAGAUGAGAGCAGCCGGGAAGCUGGACGACGACCAGGUCCGAGAGUUCCAAUUUGACAUGGAGCAAGCUUACUACGGCUUCAAGGCGACACUGAAGAAAGACUGA